AUGCCUCUGGCCUGGGCACGCCACGGGGGUCUGCCCGCCUGUGUGUUGCUGCGGCUGGGUAGGUGUUCAGGGGACAGCAGAGCCCUGUGCCGCCGGGGUGAUGGGACCACACUGCAGGCGUUAAUGCCUGGUGAGGAGGGCAUGGAGUUGCUAGGCCUCUGGAGGUUGGUUUCUCCAGGUUCUUUUUUAUCAGCCUCUCCUCCUUCGGACCAUCUCGGCAGCCCGGGCGUUUACACGGAAUCAGUGCCUCUCUCGAUUGCUGAUCUAAAUCCUGCCGAGCUGCUGUCAUUUGAGGACAUAGCUGUGGACUUCACCUUGGAGGAGUGGCAGGAGCUGGAUCCUGCCCAGAGAACCCUGUACAAGGACGUGAUGCUGGAGAAUUAUAGCAGCCUGGUGUUCUUGGGGCACUGUAUGAAAAAACCUGAAUUGAUCUUCAAGUUGGAGCAAGGACUUGGGCCUUGGAAUGUAGAAGAAUCCUCAGACAGGAGCUUCCCAGAUCUUCCUAUAUUGACUGCCCCAAGUGUGACCAGCCAAGAAAAUCACAGGGUGCAUUUGUGGCAAAUUGGAACUACUCAAGCCAAGGCAUCUAGUGAAAAGAUUGCAGAGCUAAAGGAGCAACAGAAGAUUCAUCAAGGGUCAGAAUCCUGUGGAAAUGAAACCUAUGAGAAGACAUUUUCCCAGAAAUCACAGUGCACUGGGAGUCAGAAGCCUCACACAUGUAAGACAUCUCUCAGUUGUAAGUCAACUGUUGAUAAAGGACAGAGACUUCAUGAAGAGGAGAUAAGCUGUGGGUGUGAGGGAUGCAGGAAAGCUUUCCUCCAGAACUCACAUGUUACAGAAUAUCAGAAAGCACCUACAGAUAUGAAGCUUUGUGAAUGUGUAGAAUGCAGAAAGGCCUUCUCCUACAACUCAGAACCCCCUAGUCAUCACAGAACUCAUACACAUGAGAAGCCUCAUGAAUGUACAGAGUGCGGCAAGUCAUUUUGCACUCAACAUCAGAAAAUUCACACAGGUAAGAAGCCCUAUGAAUGUCUAAAAUGUGGAAUAGGCUUUUACACUAAGGGAAAACUCACUGUACAUCAGAUAAUUCACACAGGUGAGAAGCCCUAUGGAUGUACAAAAUGUGGGAAAGUGUUCUCCCUCAAGUCUUACCUUACUCAACAUCAGAAAAUUCACACAGGCAGGAAGCCUCACGUGUGUGCAGAGUGUGGGAAAGCCUUCUACCGAUUAGCACACCUUACUUUGCAUCAGAGAACUCAUACAAAUGAGAAGCCCUAUGAUUGUACAAAAUGCCAGAAAUCCUUUUACUGCCAAUCACAGCUUACUGUACAUCAGCGAACUCAUACAGGCGAGAAGCCUUUUAAGUGCGUGGACUGUGGGAAAUCUUUCUACCAUAAAUCACACCUAACUCGACAUCAGAGAAUUCACACAGAUGAGAAGAAGCCCUUUGAAUGUACAGAAUGUGAGAAAGCCUUCUACUCCAAGUCAGAGCUCACUGUGCAUCAAAGGUCUCACACAGGUGAGAAGCCCUAUGAAUGUAUGGAAUGUGGGAAAUCAUUCUACCAGAAGUCAACACUCAUUCUGCAUCAGAGGGGUCAUAUAGGCGAGAAGCUAUACGAGUGUAUGGACUGUGGAAAAGUGUUCUAUUGCAAGUCGCAUCUCACUCUGCAUCAGCCAAUACAUACAGAUACACACCCAUAUGUGUGUCCAGAAUGUGGGAAAUAUUUCUAUUAUAAGUCACAACUCAUUGUACAUGGACGAACUCAUACAGGUGAUAAACCCUAUGAAUGCAGAGAAUGUGGGAAAGCUUUUUCCCGAAAGCCACACCUCACUCGACAUCAAAGUACUCAUACAGGUAAGAACAGUUUGAAUGUAAAAAGUUUAGAAAAGCCUGCUACUGCAGGACACAACUCACUGAACAUUGGAGAACAUGAGCACGUGGCAGGCAUUUUAAAGGAAAGGAAUGCAGAAUGGCAUUUUCCUUCAAGUUACAAGUAA